UAUUUAUUUAUUAUUCUUACCCACCCAAUUGCAAAUCUCUCCUCCGCCCAAUUAAUUAAACUCGAUCUCUUCUCCUCUCCCUGAUAGAUCACUUUAACUUGCUAGACAUUUAUAUACACACACACACACACACACACACUAGCUAGUAUUGAUCAUAUUGAAGUAUUGAUAUUGAUUCUAUUGCGCGGCUCGAAGGUGAUGGCGGCGGCCUUGUGGCUCUGCGCACUGGCAGCGUCGGUGGCGGUGGCGGCGGCAGCCCCUCCCGUGGGGUUCACCAUCCAGGGGCGGGUAUACUGCGACACGUGCCGCGCGGGGUUCGUGACGAGCGCGUCGGAGUACAUCGCGGGGGCGAAGGUGCGGCUGCAGUGCAAGCACUUCGACAGCGAGGAGGUGAAGCACCAGGUGGAGGGGGUCACGGACGAGUCGGGCACGUACCGGCUGCUGCUGGAGGACGACCACCAGGAGGAGAUCUGCGAGGUGCUGCUGCUGGAGAGCCCCCGCAAGGACUGCGCCGAGAUCGAGGGGCGCCGCGACAGCGCGCGCGUCUCCCUCACGCGCAACAACGGCAUGGCCUCCGAGGUGCGCUACGCCAACCCCAUCGGCUUCCUCCGCGACGCUGAUGAUUAA